AUGCCUGUUUCAGCUACGACCACGACAAACAACGAUUUUGCUGCUACGACAGACUCGUCUUCCUCCAAAGGGUCAACUGCAACUGCGACUGCCUUGCCCGCCAUUCAAGACCAAGAGCAUCAGAAACAAACAUGGCUAGGUUAUUUGUGGGACACGGCUGACCUUGGGGUGCAUGAGCGGCGGAUGCUAUUGAAGGUGGAUGUGUCCUUGCUUCUAUUUGCCUCGCUGGGUUACUUCAUCAAGAAUCUGGACCAGACCAAUAUCACCAGCGCCUUCUUUGCGGGAAUGAAGGAAGACUUAGGCAUGUUCGAAAAUGAACUCGUCCAUGCAACAUCUUUCUGGACAGCUGGAUAUGUCAUCGGUCAGAUACCUUCAAACUUACUUCUCACCCGCAUUUCUCCGCAACUUGUGAUACCGACUCUCGAAUUGGCCUGGGGAUUAGCAACCCUUGCGACCUAUUCCGUCAAGUCUGUCAAGUCAUUAUACGCCAUUCGCUUUUUCGUCGGUCUAUUUGAGUCGGGGUUCUAUCCUGGCAUGCACUACAUUCUUGGGUCGUGGUACACGCCACGAGAACUUUCAAAGCGAUCGACAAUCUUCUGGGUUUCGGGCUCGUUGGGGUCGAUGUUUUCUGGCUUUUUACAGACGGCUGCAUAUAACAACCUUGAUGGGGUGCAUGGACUCGCUGGGUGGAGAUGGUUGAUGAUUGUCGAUGCAGUCGUAACUAUUCCGAUUGCUUUGUUUGGCUACAUCUUCCUCCCCAAUCUUCCCUGGAAUGCGAAGCCCAAUUUCAUGUUGACAGAGCCCGACAUUGCCUUGGCUCGUGCUCGUAUGAAAGCUAUCGGAAGGAAAGAGAGUGAGCCGUGGUCUUGGCCCAAGCUUCGACGGAUCCUGACCAGCUGGUACAUUUACGUCCUUCCCAUCGAAUAUGUGCUGUGGAACAACGGCAAUGCUCAGUCGCCUUUCCAAUACUGGUUAAAGAGCUUCAACGUCAAACCGUAUCCUGUACCUGGGAAGCAUUGGACCGUUUCACAAAUUCAGCUCCUCCCAUUACCUUCAACGGCUAUAUUUGUGGUGACGGCUUUGGUCUUGGCAUGGAUCAGCGACGGGCCCCUGAAAGGUCGACGAUGGCCCAUCAUCAUCAACGGGGCCAUCCUCAUUCUCAUCUUCGACAUUAUUUGGCUCAACUUACCAUUAUACACCCACAUUCGUGCCCAUUUUGCUUACUUUUACCUGAUGGUCCUCGGAACGACAGCGGGACCACUGAUUCUCAACUGGAUCAGCGAGAUAACCCAAUCAGAUGCCAGUCCUUAUUUUUUCUCUGCUCUAUACCCAGCUGAAAUGUUGACCACAGAAUGA